CCUAUCCUCAAACUGUGAGAACUUUUGACACUUCCUCACCGCCACUAUCAUCCUAUCAAUUCAACCUAGGACGACAUCAUAUAUGCAUCGGUGAAUAUUAACAGCUGCUUGACAACCUGCACCGUAUGCUCUUUAUCGCAACCGUUAUCAGAAGAAAAGAAACUUGCAGAGAAAAGGUCGCAUGAACGACUACCACGAAUAAUCAACAACAAUCUUGAAUUAUUGUUUCUUCUAAAUAAAACCAAAAAUGAGCGCUGGAAAGCCUGAUAAUGGAAGACCACGGAUUCCGUCCAAUUUACGCAUCCGUAGAGGUUCAUCAUACAGUGCAGCAGUGGUGUCCCGUGAUACAUUAGACGAUGAAGCAGGCGCAUUCAAUCCAGAGAGAAGGGGAAGUGAAGGAAUGAUCGGAGGAGAAACAUUACGAAUGCAACAAACAAACAAUUCACAGCUCAACGGUUCUCCAAAAAGAUCAACGGGCAGAAGGCUUGGUGUGAUUGAAGAAUUGGCAAGACAGGAUCGAAUUGCAAACGCACAAAGAAGUACAAAUUACGCUGAUCCAAGUAGACAAGAUGCCUCUACUUCGUCAAAUAUGCUCGCUUCUGAACAACCUUAUUUUCAAAAUCGUCCAAAAAUUACGACAAAGCCAUCCAAUACUCGAUUGCCAGCCGUUGCAGAGGUCGCCAGUCCUGCAGAACAAUCAGAGAUCAGUCUCCCGAAUAUGAGCGGAUACCUCACUCCCAACACUGGCGCUUUGAGGAGCGCAGAGACUGGCAAUUACUUUGCUCAUCCAAAUACCUCUACGUCUGCAGUUACAGAAAAAGACACAUUAUCGAAUCUUCCCACUCCCGCAUCGAAUGGACGACCGACCUUGUCAAAUAGUAUCUCCAUGCCACCAGAACGUCAUGAGAACCAGCUCGAAGGAUUCGACUUGAAGAUUUCUAAAGACAGUAAAGCUACGAAGGAUGAUUCAUUCGUUCCUGAUGGUGGAGGCCGCCUUGCACGUAUGCCGAGUGAUAUACCAGAAAUCUCACCAAAUUUGCAGAAAGUUGCAACACCACCAGAAGACCGUGAACAUCAUGAAGCAGAAGUUGCAGAUUAUCUUGAUGUGAUUGAUGCAGAAGUGGGAACGCUUGGAUUUUUGACAAAUGUACAAAAUAGUAUCUUUGUUCCAAAUAUUCCGGGAUUGUACGAUAGAAGACCGGUUCACGAUCUACCAGGCGCAAGAAAGAGGAGUUCGACCAUCACCUCUUUGGCCAAACGUGUUCAUGAUAAUCGAAGAAGCUCGUUGAUCGAUUCAGCAGCUUCGCAUGACCGUGCAUCGAUUACCUCUGAUCUGGAACAAGGACAAGGCAACGGUAGAGCGAGCGCAUUGGGUGCAGCGACUGGUUUCACAGGCGGAGAGAAGCCAUCUAGACCACCGACCCGUACGAUGCUGAGCCGCAUGACGUCUGCAGUCACUUUCAAACGAAAAAUCACUCCAGAAGAAGAAGCCGAAUAUGCCAAACAUAUCAAAGAAUGGCGUGACAUGGACGAAGAAGAACGAGAUGAAUUGGACGAACAUGUCAGAUUGGUUUUGUCAAAGAAAUCCAAAUUCCACCGUGGACUUAAAGGUUUCUGGGCAUUUGUUAAAACACCAAUGGGUUUUAUUAUGACCUUGUAUGGAUUCUUGAUCACAUUCUGGGGUACAGCCAUCAUGUUGUUCAUUUGGAACUGGAUUCACGUUGGGGAACGGAGAAGAUACUGGAUCGAAAUUUGUGAUCAAAUUUUGUGCGCUCUCUUUGCUGCCGUGGGAUUGGGUUUCGCGCCUUUCCGUGCUGUUGAUACGUAUAGAAUGAUCUGGAUCGCAAAAAUGCAUUACAGAACAUGGGAAAGACGAAAAGAAUUGGGCCUGAAUGAUUUACAAGAUAAGAACGAUUUGCCAAGACCGGAUGAAGAUGGUUCUAAUCAAGUUUCUCGCGUCGUCACAGCUCAACAUGCACCAACCCAUUCUUCUGCUGGUCGAUCGGCCAAAUCGAGUAGGGAUAUCGAGUCCACAGCUGGAAGUUCUGAUGCCACGCCUGGCAAGCAACCUAAACACUGGUGGGAUCUCAAGCACGAUAAAUCGACAUCUCCUGGAAGAACAAAUUUGAUCAGUCCUCAAUCAUCUCAUAGUUCUGAUUCGUACGUAAGAAGAAGCAAGAAGCAUAAAGGACAUUUUGUCGUUCCAAACAAAGAGAGCAGCACUCCAGUAGAUGAAGAAGGUGACGCGAAUGACGACGGUGCCAAUUUGAAGCAAGAUGCAAACAAACAGCCUGUUCUGAAACGCAAUGAAAGUAUACAGAGCGAAUUGAUCAAGGAACGCGAAGAGGUUGUCGUGUUAACAAAAGAAGAACAGGCAAUAUUGGAACAUCAUCAACGCAAAUUCCACGCUUCUCAUACGUUCUACCGAUUCCAUGAAACCAGUACACAUAGAGCAUUCCCUUUGGACUUGAUGAUGACAAUCGUUUGUUUGCUAGAUUGUCACUCAAUGCUACAAGGCGCUCUUGGAGGAUGUACUUGGGGAAUCAAAUAUACCCAUAGGCCGACUGCCUUAACUGCGACGUUGAUUACAUGUUCGCUAUCUUGCAAUGCGAUGGCAGGCUUGUUGAUCUAUAUCGGUGGAAGAAAGACAAAGAAACGGGAAGAAGUGGAAAGAAGGUUAAAGAUUGCAUUAGAAGCAAUGGCUUUGGCCAAGAUUGAACGUCGUCGUGCACGAGGUGAAUUGCCCGAUAGACAACAUGAAGGCAGUAAAGGAAGCAAUACUCCACCUAACAAAGAUUCUGAUUCUAGCACUAAUGGAGAAGAGGCUAAUCAGAUAGAAUUAAGACAAGCUGUCGAUAAUGCCGCUCGUGAAACAGAAGAUGUUGAUCAAGCACCGUACGAUGAACCCGAAACCACUUUAUCGCGAGAGAGAACAUCUCUUUCCCAUUCCAUGGACGCCAAGGAGGCCUUCAAGGGAUCCCUUUAGUUUAUUUUUGCCUUGUACAUGCUUAUUUCUGUAUUUCUUAUUAAUGAUCACAUAUGCUUAUCUGCACAACACACAU